AUGUCUCAUACUAUUGUGCUCAUUCAAUCAGGUAAACCAGAUACUCGAACCUAUUCUGAUUUCGAAAGUGUCAAUGAAGCCAUGGAAGGGAUUUGUCAUAUUUUUGAGGAACAUCUUAAACAAAACAAUCCUCAUUCAGCGUCAAUCACUUAUGACAUCAGUCAAUUAUAUGAUUUUAUUGAUGAUCUAGCGGACAUCUCAUGCUUGGUUUUCCAGCGAGCUACAUCAUCUUAUGCCCCAUUCUCACGGGAUUGGAUUAAGGAGAAAAUCUUUUUCCUAUUGCGUAAACAGGCUGCUGGACCAUAA